AUGCUGGUCGAAAAUUCAAAAGCUGAAUCGUCCAGACCCACAAAUUUGUCUACUUCUGUUGGUUCAAAUGCCAUUGUUGCUUCUCAGAGUACCUCAUCAAGCAAUGUGUCCGAGUUUGGGCUUGCACUUAAAGCUUUGCCAAAGAAAGUACAUGCUGGCACCACAGCAAUUUACAGAAUGCCCUUUGAGCAUUGGAAGGACUUUUGUGAAGAAAAAAAACGACAUAGGUAUCCUGUUCAUUCUCAGUACCCAUAUACUGUUGAGCCUACUAAUUUUGUUAUUGCCUUCUUCAAAGAAUUUGCUCUCAAGCAAGCGUAUACGAAAAGUGUUUCAGUAGACCGAUUCGCAGAGAAUGCUGCUUCUAACAAGAACGGUAGUAAAAAGGUCAUUGAAGUCCCUUUGGGUAUUGAAGCUGUCAGCCAAUACAAGAAAUUCUUGAUGUUCUUGCAUGAAUUUCGGUCCGAGCGUCGAGAAGGUGGAUGGCCAUCUCCCAAGAAAACUAAAGAAGUGAUUGAAUUGAUAAAGAAGUAUGAGCAUAAUCUUGUUUACGACCAAGUGCAAACAAACGUGGAUAGGGCAGCCCAUUGCGUGAUUCAGGAUUCUUAUAAGUCUGGCGAACUUAUUAGAGUUCUGAAGAGCCUUUGGACUCCUGAAAGCUAA